UCAUGUGUUUUCAUAAAUAGCAGCUGUCUAAUGCACUUUGUGUGUACCAAAGCUCAAUUAGCCGUUUGCCACAGUAGGCUCUGGAAAUCAAGAAAACGUUAGUUAACGCUAACUGCUGAUUAACGUCGCGUCCCGUUCCGUCCGUUAAUCUCGUGUGAAGAAGGUGCUUGUGUAUUACUGGACUGGAAGAUGCCGAUGGUACUGCGGUCCAGAAAGUCCAUUAACACCAGAGAGGCAAAUGAGGUACCGAGAAGGUCGACCCGCCUGCACGGUAGUACUUCAUACGAGGAGUCAGAUGAGUCAGACUCUGAGACUGUCCAGAGCCAAGUGAUGGAGAGACAUCAAAGUCCUGCUGAGCUGAAGGAGGAAACUGCUGAGGAGGCCGGUGUAAUGGAACUGAAGCAUUGCAGCAUUGUGCUGGAACGUCUCUCGGCUGCCGACAGGGCUGCAAAAAAAGAGCUUGAGGAAAAAGAAGACAUGAACCGCAAAGGUGGGAAACCCGUUUCCAGAAUUCCUACUUUCCAUAAACGACCCAUCGGUGCGAGCCAGAACACAGAGCUGCCUGUUCCCAAGAAAGAUACCCCUGUCCAUGUAGCUCAGCCCCACGAGAAAGCUGGGGUUGGAAGUGUAGAGGUUUCCAAGUCCAAGUUACCCGAUGUCAGAGAAACGGCACUACCCCUGCCGUCGAUCCGCGUCCCCAAAGUUGGCUUCGACGCUCCGUCACCGUUCACCAACACAGAACAAGUCCCUGGAACAGCCCAUAGUUCCCUAAAUACUGUACCCAAGAGCUGGAGUUUGUCUGAGUUUGUGCCGUGCCCUUCCAUGACUGUCAGCCCCAGGCCUGCGCUCAGACCAGAGCACAGAUCCGCGCUACGUUUAUCAGACGAAGACGAGAGUAAAAGGUUUGAAAUGGAAUCUGACACCACAGCAGAAGGCACCUUAUCUCACCUUCCACACGAGGGCUCCGUCAGUGAAAAGCCACAGGAAGACGAUGUUGAUGAGGUUCAAAGCAGGAUUACCCUCACUGCCUCUGGAGAUACUAUGAAGUCAAAGUCUGCAGACGUUGUUCACGCAACUGAGGUUAGCCAAGAUGAUGCUAUCAUGAAUGAAGAGCCACCGUGGGAGACAGCGCAGAUGAACAUACUUGAAUUAAAGGACAGCAGGUCUUCAUCAGAUGUUGAAUGCGAGGAUGAUUUGGCAGGUGGAAAGUCUGAGGGCCCCGAUUCAGGGGAGGUGAAGGAGUAUCGCGAGCCACUUAUAAGCCAGUCUGCGUUUUCAGAUCUUCCAGAGGAAAUAGCUGGAACUGAAGAAUCGGCCUCUCCUGUAGCACCAGAGGAGCCUGCUAAAGCCAAGUCAGUCAAGGUAACUAAGAGCUCAGGAUGCUCUGGUUUUGCCCUCUUCUGCUUCCUGCCCACUACCUUGCUGCUUCUAGGGGGUUUUGGCCAGCAUGUUUGGCACUACGGGCUUCCCAUGUCUGUGGCUCAGCUCACAGCUCAGCUGGAACUGAACCUGCUGGAGGGCUUUGGAUUAGUACCAGAGCCUUGCAGCACUGAUUGUCGAGUGCAUCUGGUGGAGAGCAUCCCUGUGGGCCUCUACCAGUCUUCUCCCUCGUCCAGACAAAGCAUCGCAGACAGCUGGCUUCAUCUGCUGCACAAGGCCAACAGCUCGGUCCAUAUCGCUGCUUUCUACUUCACUCUACGAGGCAGCGAUUUGGAGUUCUCUGGCUCCUCUGACUCUCAGGGACGAAAGGUCUUUAAGCAGCUUAAACAGCUUGAAUCCAAAGGUGUGAAACUCCAGAUUGCCGUCAACGCCCCCCAGGCCUCAACUCAAGAUACGGCAGAAUUGGCUGCAGCAGGUGCAGAAGUCAGAGAGGUAGACCUCAAGGCUGUAACUGGAGGCAUUGUCCACACCAAGCUGUGGGUGGUCGAUCAAAAGCACUUGUACUUGGGUAGCGCUAACAUGGACUGGCGCUCUCUAAGUCAGGUGAAGGAGGUCGGCCUGUCAGUGGAGGACUGCAGCUGCCUGGCUCAGGAUGCCUUUCGGAUCUUUGGGGUGUACUGGAGCAUUGGCGACGCGAACAACGGCUCCCUGCCACCGUACUGGCCUGCACGCCUCUCUGCCCUGUCCAGCUCCCAGGAUCCCCUGCACCUGAAGUUCAAUGGAGUCCCUGCUCAAGUCUACCUGUCUAGCGCCCCUCCGUUGAUCUCAGCCCGCGGCCGCUCAGACGACCUCUCCACCAUCCUGUCUGUCAUCGACGACGCCAAGAAAUUUAUUUACAUCUCGGUCAUGGACUAUCUUCCCCAGUCUGAGUUCACAGAGCCUAUCAGGUUCUGGCCGGCCAUUGACUCGGCCCUGCGUGCUGCAGCCUGCUACAGAGAGGUACAGGUGAGACUCCUGGUUAGCUGCUGGAAGCACUCGCCUUCCUCCAUGUUUACCUUCCUGCAGUCCCUGCUGGUGCUCAACAGGCCUCCACUGAAAUGUGACAUUAAUGUGAAAAUCUUUACAGUGCCUUCAACAGCGGAGCAGAUGAAGAUUCCUUUUGCACGAGUCAAUCAUGCCAAGUACAUGGUUACAGACAGAGUGGUCUAUAUAGGGACAUCCAACUGGUCCGAGAACUACUUCACCCAGACAGCCGGCGUGGGCUUGGUGGUGAACCAGACCGGCUCUGAGGUUAAGAAAGGCCAAGAGACUCUGCAGAGCCAAGCAGAGGAGCUCUUCCUCAGGGACUGGACGUCUCAGUAUACCAGCACUCUCUCUGUUGACGAUGUGGACGUCUGCCCUCGAAGCCCACACUAAGGGUUUGUUACUCAAUAAAGCGCAUUGCAUUGUAGAUGAGCAUCUUGCUUGCUCCAGCCACUUGAACUGUUUUUAACUUAUGCAGAAUCCGCUUGCUGUGCUGUGUGAAUGAACACAGGUUAUCUUAAUGCUGUUUCCUGACUUGGCUGCCUGUUUUUUGUUUUGUGUGUGUGUAUAUAAUUGUGUUUUUAUAUUUCGUUUCAAAACAUGUUCUUAUAUGUUUUUAUACUCGUUAUUGCUCUGGUAACCGUCUUACAUGAGUUAAGGCAGGAACCUGCUUUGUACAAUUCAUUUUAUGCUUAGAGCAUUUUGUAUAUUUUGGUGCCAUUCUGGUGCCAAGCUUGAACAAUCUCGUAUAGGAAAUAAAACCUUUCCAAAGAGGUGCACACACAACGGCCAUGUUUACACUGCUGAAGCUGUCUGAUGUAAUGUCAGUACCAACUUGUAAAUACUUUAAAUUCAUCACUGAUGGCUGGCUCGCAAAGAAAUCCAAUUUGAAUGUGUACCACUACAGAAACUAACUCACUCAAAUAAGUGAGUUUUUUUUUUUUUUUUUUUUAUUCCAAUUGUUUGUUCUGUAUUUAGAAAACAAAAUGUGUUCCUUGUCCAACAUCUGUUUUACUGUAAUGAUAAUUACCCACUAUGUCUGUGUAGUUUCUGUCACCAUUUUAUGACCAGGUUUAUCUAAUGUAUGCUUGAGCUCAGCUGUUUCUGUUCUCAGUGGACAUGUUGUUACUCUUUAACCUCCCAGCUCUGGAUGAAACAGGGAACAUUUCGGUUGGUCCCUGACUAACAAAGCAGUUUGUGUGAUGUUUCGCUAAAAAUAAUAUUUGCUCCUUGUUUGGUGAUCUCUGAGAGCUUCUCACAUAUUAUGAAAGGAGCGAGACUUUGCAUUGAUGAAGGAGUGGUAAUGGUUUUAAACGUUGUCUGUUCACUGUAAUUACCUCUCCUGGUUCAGGAUUUCAGUCUCUGAUAUCUGUCCUAUACCUGUGAAGGGGAUUUCAUUUGUACUCGAAUCAUCCAAAACAUUCCUUAAACAAGAGUCCACAGCCACACUAGCUUCUCUGUGAGGCUGUACUUGGACAUAGCAUUUGACGCAAAGCACUAUCAUGGUCACAAAUAAAAGCUAACAUUAGAAUGUUAACUGUGUUAUCAUGCUAGCAUUUGUUAAUUAGAACUAAACACAUUGUACAGCUGAGGCUGAUGGGAAUGGCAUAAACCAAAGUAAGAUCUCCGCCAGGCAUGUUUAAAGACAAAUAAAAAUGAUCUGCUUAGAAUAA